GUUCGUCAUCAGAUAGACAUAAUUGACAUGAGCAAGGUACCAAUCCUGGAAGAUGGCAAAACGUUUAAAUACAUUCUUACAGUGCAGGAUUUUUUCAGUCGCUACCUGUGGUUACGCCCACUUUCUAGUAGAGCAAGCAGAGAAGUCAAACAUCUAUACAUGGAGGUUGGACCACCUAAGGUGCUACAAUCGGACAAUGGAAGAGAGUUCAAAAAAGCAGUGGAGAAAUUAUGUAAAAAGCUCCAAGUUAAAAUUGUAAGAAGCUCUCCAUACCAUCCACAGUCUCAAGGAAAGGUUAAGAGGUCGCACCGAAGCCUUAGGAAAAAGAUAGCAUUCGACAUGGCGCAUCUCAAGAAAAGUAGGGUCAAUUGGGCUACUCAGUUAAAGGGAUACCAACAACUUCAAAACGAGUCACCGUUCGAAGUCUUUUACGGCAGAAAAUCUAAUGCUGUGGCAAAUUAUGUCAUGUACAGAAUGGCAGAUGCGUAUAUGAAAACAGAAAAUAUCAAGAGUCUUCUAAAACAAAAGCCUACAAGCAACAUUCAAAGGAACGAGCAGCCAUUAGGAAGAAGGCGAAAAAUGCCAGUAUUACAUGGGAUAUAA